CCGCGCCUCCAGAUGACGUUCCUCGAGUUUUCCGCAGGCGCUAGCCGAGCGGCGGCGGGAUCGCGUCACUGUUACGCGCCGCGGGUCCGGGCGCGAUGGCGGCGCUGGGCGGGGAUGGGCUGCGCCUGCUGUCGGUGUCACGGCCGGAACGGCAGCCCGAGUCGGCGGCUCUGGGAGGCCCGGGCCCCGGGCUGUGCUGCUGGGUGUCCGUGUUCUCCUGUCUCAGCCUCGCCUGCUCCUACGUGGGCAGCCUCUAUGUCUGGAAGAGCGAGCUGCCCAGGGACCACCCUGCCGUCAUCAAGCGGCGCUUCACCAGUGUCCUGGUGGUGUCCAGUCUCUCGCCGCUCUGCGUGCUACUCUGGAGGGAACUGACAGGCAUCCAGCCAGGCACAUCCCUGCUCACGCUGAUGGGCUUCAGGCUGGAGGGCAUUUUCCCAGCAGCCCUGCUGCCCCUGCUGCUGACCAUGAUCCUUUUUCUGGGCCCACUGAUGCAGCUCUCUAUGGAUUGCCCCUGUGACCUGGCAGACGGGUUGAAGGUUGUCUUAGCCCCUCGUUCCUGGGCUCGCUGCCUCACGGACAUGCGCUGGCUGCGGAACCAAGUGAUCGCGCCGCUGACAGAGGAGCUGGUGUUCCGGGCCUGCAUGCUGCCCAUGUUAGCACCGUGUACGGGCCUGGGCCCUGCCGUGUUCACCUGCCCACUCUUCUUUGGAGUUGCGCAUUUUCACCACAUUUUUGAGCAGCUUCGUUUCCGCCAGAGCAGUGUGGGGAGCAUCAUCUUGUCUGCAGGUGUGGUCACUCGCGGCCUCCCCGUCUCCAGCGUUCCAGUUCUCCUACACAGCUGUCUUCGGUGCCUACACUGCUUUCCUCUUCAUCCGCACAGGACACCUGAUUGGGCCAGUCCUCUGCCACUCCUUCUGCAACUACAUGGGCUUCCCUGCUGUGUGCGCAGCCCUGGAGCACCCACAGAGGCGGCCCCUGCUGGCAGGCUAUGCCCUGGGUGUAGGACUCUUCCUGCUUCUGCUCAAGCCCCUCACGGACCCCAAGCUCUACGGCAGUCUUCCCCUUUGUGUGCUUUUGGAGCGGGCCGGGGACUCAGAGGUGCCCCUGUGCUCCUGACCCAAGCUCCUAUACACACUCGUGUGAACUCUCAUGGGAUCUCCCCAGCCCCUCCCCAUCGAGGGGGACUGCAGGGGAGGAGCUGGCUGGGGUCCCCGAGAUCUCAGGAAUUUUAUAGGGGAUUGAAGCCAGAGCUAGUUGAAUCCCAGGGACCAAGAGAAAGGAGCAGAAAUCCAAAGGGCGCGGCCCCUAUCGAAAGAGUUGAAGAGCAGCUGGGAGUGAGGGGACCAGGAACAGGUUCCAGGAGCCGAGCACCCCCCUCCUCACUUUGGACUGCUGCUUCUCUGAGCUCCUCUGCCCUGAAAAGCUGCUGGGGGCGGAAUUUACAGAACGUCUCCCCCCACCUUCCCAGGGUUUUCUCGUCUUUUUGCAUCAGGACUUUGUAUUGGGAUAUUAAAGAGAUUUAACUUGGGUAA